CUCACUUCUGACUAAUCAAAAAGGCCAAAGAAAAAAGAGUCUCAACUCUGCAAAAAGAUUCUGAAAAGCAUGGGCUCUUUGUGCUCUUUCUUAGCUUCCUUUUCUCUUUUGAUUAUGGUACUCUCUCUGGCUCAUGGGCAGCCUUUGGUUCCUGCAUUGUUCCUAUUUGGAGACUCUGUUGUGGAUGCUGGUAAUAACAACAAUGUCAAAACCAUAAUCAAAGCCGACUUCCCUCCUUAUGGAAGAGACUUUGCCAACCACAAGCCAACUGGGAGGUUCUGCAAUGGAAAGCUUGCUUCAGACUUCACUGCUGAAAACCUUGGCUUUACUUCCUACCCACCAGCUUAUCUUAGCAAAGAAGCUGCAGGAAAAAACCUCUUGAUUGGUGCCAAUUUUGCCUCAGCUGGUUCUGGCUAUUAUGACUCUACAGCAAAAUUAUAUCAUACAAUUCCACUAAAUCAGCAGCUGGAGAACUACAAGGAAUACCAAAACAAGGUGGUGGGAAUUGCAGGAAAGGCCAAUCUUACAUCAAUCAUAUCUGGUGCUAUCUACCUUGUUAGUGCUGGCAGUAGUGACUUUGUUCAGAACUACUACAUUAAUCCUCUUCUUUACAAGGUCUACACAGCCAACCAGUUCUCCGACAUUCUCAUUCAAUCUUAUGCAAAAUUUAUUCAGAAUCUAUAUGCAUUGGGAGCAAGGAAAAUUGGAGUGACCACAUUGCCACCACUAGGAUGCUUGCCAGCAGUCAUCACAAUAUUUGGGGAGGAUAGCAAUGAGUGCUUGGCUAAGUUUAACAAGGAUGCUGUCUCAUUUAAUAACAAGCUCAAUGCCACAUCUCAGAACUUGCAAAAGCAACUUUCUGGUCUCAAUUUGGUCAUCUUUGAUAUCUACCAACCUCUCUACAACCUUGUCACAAAGCCUGCCGAAAAUGGGUUCUUUGAGGCAAGGAAGGCAUGUUGUGGAACAGGCCUGGUAGAAACAUCAAUACUGUGCAAUGCCGAGUCAAUUGGCACGUGCGCUAAUGCAUCAGAGUAUGUGUUUUGGGAUAGUGUUCAUCCUUCGGAAGCUGCAAACAAAGUUUUAGCCGAUGAUUUGCUGAGCAGUGGCAUCUCCCUCAUCUUCUAAAUUAAAUUAUUUACUUUUUCCUGUUUGAUUUCGAAUUUACAAUUAAUUAAUUGGUGUUGGGGCUGUUGGCUGUUAAUUACACCACAUAAUGUAAUGAGUUGGUGUGCUUUUUUAUUUUUUAAUUAAAAAAAUAUUG